GCAACGUCGAAACGAAGUUGAUGUAUGGUAGUUCCAUACAGCGUUAGCGUCGUCUCACGAUAUGCGCUGGCGCUGGCAUGUGAUUACCACCUUGUUCGCCUGCACUACUGCUAAAGCGCUUGUGUGGUUCGCAGGUUCUGUCUUGAUCAGCUGCUCCCAAACUCGACUAUCAUGACCAGCGUUCUACCACCUUUCGUUCAGGCAGCAUCAGGCUCGCUAGGUGCAGCGAGCGCCAAUGCGCUGACCUACCCUCUCGAUCUCAUUACAACCCGUAUACAGGCCACGGAAAAGGGUACAUCCAUACGCAAGCAGAUUCACACCUAUGGACUAUCAUCGUUCUACGACGGCAUUUGGGCGGACACCGGUGCUACCCUGCUUUCAAGCUUUCUGUAUUACUACGUGUAUUCCUUCCUGCGAGAAUUCGUCGUUCGUGGAAAUGGAAAAUCGAAGGCAGCCAUGUUGUCUCUUCCACAGGAGCUUGCAAUUGGUUACGCAGCAGGCAUUGCAAGCAGAUCCAUCACGACACCUCUCAAUCUCGUUACGGUGCGCUUACAGACUGCUCGAAUGAGCGAGGACUCCUCAGCACAAGGAGAAGCGUCGCGAUUCACGGGGGUUUGUCAACAAAUCCUUCGGGAAGAAGGGUUGCGUGGAUUCUGGAAAGGAUUCUCAUCCAAUUUUAUCCUCUCACUCAACCCCGCGGUCACGCUCUAUCUGUUCCAGCAAUAUAGACGAGUGAUGCUCAAGGGUAAAGAACGCGCUGCGCCGCCCCCAGGCCAUUCCUUCCUAGGAGGCGCGCUUGCAAAUUCCGUAGCCGUCAUUAUGUUAUACCCACUGCUUCUCGCAAAGACUGUGGUACAAGCUUCUCGUAUAUCUAAUUCCGCCAACAAUUCAUCACAGUACAUUUCAAUUCGAUCGUCACUCCUAGGAAUUUAUACCGCUGGCGGAUUCUUCGCCCUAUACCGUGGCCUCGGGGCGCAGUUAUUCAAGGGCGUACUCAGGCAAGGAACAGCUAUGAUGGUGAAGCAAAGGAUUGAACAACUGGUCGUACAAGCUUACCUCAAACAGAGAGCACUGCGUCGCGUCCAAUACAAGGGUUAGAGAGGCACGUAUAGGUAUUCCAAUAAGUAGUCAUUCACGUCAGCGAGGGAGGGUAUGGAUAUAAUCCGAGUCCGAGUACAGUUGAAAGUCCUCUGCGUAGAAACAGCUUACUUGAGAGCCAGCCAUUUG